AGAACUCAUACUGGAGAUAAAUUUUUUGAAUGUAAUAAAAAUGGGAAAGCCCUCAUUUAUAAAGAAAAUUUUCUUGAGCAUCAAACGUGUCAAAUUUUGGAGCAAGGUUCUGAAUAUAAUUCUGAAAAAUUCCAUGAUGAGGCUGCCUUUGUUGCACACAAGAGUAUUCACACAGGAGAAAAGUCCUGUAAAGAUGAUGGAUAUAGCAAAAAUCAUGAUAAGAUAAAACUCUUUGAUCAAAAAAGCACUGGAACAGAAGAGAAAUACUCUAAUCUUAAACUGUGUGGGAAAUCCUUCUGUGAGAAGUCAGCUGUCAUGGAACACCAUAAAGUUAACAUGGCUGUGAAACACUAUGUAUAUAAUGCCAGUGAGAAUAAUUUCAACAGGAAGUCUCAUCUCGCUCAGUCUCAGAGAAUUGCCACAGAAGAGAAUGCAUUGGUAUAUAAUGACAAAACAUAAACUGGGGAUAAAUCCUUUGAAUAUCAUGAAAAUAGAAAAUCCUACCUGAUGUCAGCCCACAAAGUAUGCCAAAGAACUCACUCUAACAUAAAAUCCUAUAAAUAUAAUGAAUGUGGGAAAUCCUUCUGUCAAAAAGGACAUCUCAUUCAACACCAGAGAACCCACACAGGAGAGAAACCAUUUGAAUGUAAUGAGUGUGGAAAAGCUUUCUCCCAGAAGUCUCAUCUCAGUACACAUCAGAGAAUUCACACAGCAGAGAAACCCUAUAAGUGUAAUGAAUGUGGGAAAACAUUUGUCCAGAAAUCAACCCUCAGAGGACAUCAGAGAAUUCAUACAGGAGAGAAGCCCUAUGAAUAUAGUGAGUGUGGGAAAACUUUUGUUCAAAAGUCAACCCUCAGAGACCAUCAUAGAAUUCACACAGGGGAGAAAUCAUUUCGAUGUAAUGAAUGUGGUAAAACUUUUGGCCAGAAAUCAAACCUCAGAAUACAUCAGAGAAUUCAUGGUGGUGAGAAAACUUAUCAAUGUAAUGAAUGUGAAAAAUCUUUCUGGCGGAAAGACCAUCUCAUUCAACAUCAGAAAACACACACAGGAGAGAAACCAUUUAAUUGUAAUGAAUGUGGG